AUGACUUUAGCUUCUUUCCUAAAAGUGAACCCCCCCCCCCCCCCCGAGUUUCAAGGGAAUAACAAACCCACCAAAGCAGACAACUGGUUCCAAGCUAUGGAGCGUGCGUUGCAAACUCAGCAUGUCCCAAAUAAUCAAUUCGUGGAGUUUGCGACUUAUCAACUAAUGGGCGAAACUCAGCACUGGUGGCAAGGAGAAUGUCGAUUGUUGCAACUACAGAAUGUGGAUAUUCUGUGGGGAUUAUUCCAAACUGCUUUCUACCGGAAGUAUUUUCUUGAGUCAGUGAGGGAGGACAGAGAGUUAGAACUCAUGCAGUUGAAGCAAGGGUUCAUGUCAGUGGCUGAGUACACCAACAAGUUCGAAAAACUUUGUAGGUUCUCGAGGGUUUGUCAGGGUGUCCAUGAAUCCUAUGAGAGUUGGACAUGUAUUAAGUAUCAAGGAGGGCUCAAGGAGAAUAUCAUGAGUUCUGUAGCUCCAUUGGAGAUUCGGAGGUUUUCUGAAUUGGUGAACAAGGCAAGAGUUGUAGAAGAUUAUGCUAAGAAAGUGGCUUUGAUGAGGGAUACUCGUGGAGGUAACGGUUGA